AACCAAAUCAAAAUGUUCAAAUUGUCCGUUUUCAUUGCUCUUUUCGCCUUGGUUUGCUCCGCCUAUGCCAAACCCGCUGUGGUAGCUGCUGCUGUGCCCACCGGUGUUGUAACUGCCACCAGCUCCCAAUACAUUGCCCGCAACUAUAAUGGUAUUGCUGCUGCUCCCGUCGUAGCUGCUGCUUACACCGCCCCCGUUGCUGCUGCCUAUACCGCUCCUGUUGCCGCUGCCUACACCGCUCCUGUAGCUGCUGCCUACACCGCUCCCAUUGCCGCUGCCUACACCACUCCCUAUGCCGCCGCUUACACCACUCCCUAUGCCGCUGCCUACACAGCUGGUUAUGCUCCCGCUUACACUGCUGCCUACACCACAGUAUUCUAA